AUGGCUCCCAUUAAAGCAGGCAGCCAAUCUCACCGGGAUGGAACCGGUUCCGCUGAUGGCCGGCUGCGGCUGUAUAAAGGCCGGCGGCCGGAGUCCGGAGCAGAAGCGGUCAAGAUGACGAACACGCUGGGCCUGUGCUGCUGGACUUUCGUGCUGCUGGCCGUGCUGGGCUCGGGGUGGAGUGGCCCUCUGGCCGGGAGCCCCCCUGGGCAAGAGCUACAAGCCCUGCAGGACCUUUUGGCACGGCUGGAGGCGCAUUUUGGCCAGGAGGAGACGGGCGCAGAGGCUGUUGAAGCGGACGCCUCGGAGCCGGACCCAAGCGACGACUUGGAGGAGGCCCUUCCUCCCAGCCUGAUGGGAACUGUAGUCCCGCUGCCCGAGGCCGAGGCCCAAUGGAGGCGGUUCUUCGCUUCGCCCAAAAGGAGGCGCUAUUUUGCCGGGUGCUUUGGAUCUCGGCUGGAACGGAUCGGGACCCAGACCGGGCUCGGCUGCAACGUCUACAAACCCCGUUUGAGGAGAAAACCCCGGAGUUGA